AUGGGUCACGAAGAUGCUGUCUACCUCGCCAAGCUCGCUGAGCAGGCUGAGCGCUACGAGGAGAUGGUCGACAACAUGAAGAUUGUCGCCUCCAAGGACCAGGACCUGACCGUUGAGGAGCGCAACCUGCUGUCCGUCGCCUACAAGAACGUUAUCGGUGCCCGCCGUGCGUCGUGGAGAAUCGUCACUUCCAUUGAGCAGAAGGAGGAAUCCAAGGGCAACUCUUCCCAGGUCACCCUUAUCAAGGAGUACCGCCAGAAGAUCGAGGAGGAGCUUGCCGGUAUCUGCGACGACAUCCUCAAGGUUCUCGACGACCACCUGAUCCCCUCUGCCAAGACCGGCGAGUCCAAGGUCUUCUACCACAAGAUGAAGGGCGACUACCACCGCUACCUGGCCGAGUUCGCCAUCGGCGACAGACGCAAGGACUCUGCCGACAAGUCGCUCGAGGCCUACAAGGCCGCCACCGAGGUCGCCCAGACCGAGCUGCCGCCUACCCACCCCAUCCGCCUUGGUCUUGCGCUGAACUUCUCCGUCUUCUACUACGAGAUCCUCAAUGCCCCCGACCAGGCCUGCCACCUGGCCAAGCAGGCCUUCGACGAUGCGAUUGCCGAGCUCGACACAUUGAGCGAGGAGAGCUACAAGGACUCGACUCUCAUCAUGCAGCUGCUGCGCGACAACCUUACCCUCUGGACGUCUUCCGAGGCAGAGCCCGCUGCUGCCCCCGCCGAGGCCGCCGCCGCCACCCAGGAAGAGCCCAAGGCUGCCGAGGCGGCCCCGGCCGCGGAGGAGCCCAAGGCCGAGUAA